AUGACAAUGAUGAGCGUUCUUGCGAACGCGCUUCGCACCAUUGCGAGCGCGGAGCGCCGUGGCAAGCGCCAGGUGCUCAUCCGCCCCUCCUCCAAGGUGGUGGUGAAGUUCCUGCAGGUGAUGCAGAAGCACGGCUACAUUGGCGAGUUCGAGAUCAUCGACGACCAUCGCGCUGGCAAGAUCGUCGUGAACCUGAAUGGCCGCCUGAACAAGUGCGGCGCCAUCUGCCCGCGCUUCGACUGCGCCACCACGGACUACGAGAAGUGGAUGAAGAACAUCCUGCCCUCCCGUCAGUUCGGCUUUGUCGUGCUGACAACCUCGCUCGGCAUCAUGGACCACGAGGAGGCCCGCUCCCGCAACACUGGUGGUAAGGUGCUCGGCUUCUUCUAUUAG